CGCACUUUGGCGACGAGUGCUGUUGUGAGUUGCAUCUUUACACAUUGUCCUUGCUAAACCUGAACACGGGAUAUGGAACAACACCGGCUCAUUCCGCUUGGCCGAGUAGAAGAAAUAGCCCAGGAAACAGUGAAUUUGUCAAACGCGCUCAACAAUCUUAGUCAAGAAUUUGCCGGCAUAGCUCACGACGGGAUGGCUGAUAUCGAUGAUAUCUACGAAUUCAAGUUGUAUCAGGCACGAGAGCAAAAUAAGCGUGCAAUUCAUUGGGGAGGAGACCUUGACGAGAGACCGAAUUUGGCUCGUCUACCGUGUCAAGGCCUACAGCAGUUGCCAGGAAAUGUACCAUUUCCGCACACUGCCGAUGAAUUUUUUAAUUUAACGAUGGCACAAUACGGAGCUCUUCUACAGGCAUACGGACAACCGGACAACGGACAUCGUACCGAUUUGAUGAUCCGCCUCCUAUUUUACAUUACGGGUCUUUAGCAGAUGAGGCAAGGUCUUAAUCUUAUGUUCAGUGGUUAUCCCUGUUUUGUGUCCCUUUUCGGUCCGAAUUGUGACUUGGUUCCGGACUGCAGUCAGUAAUUCUUGUAGUAUCCUACUGUCAUCCGUAUAUCACAGAUUGUUGUUACGCAGCCAAUAAGCUAUGGUGGAUUGUAGCUCGUCACCACACCUACAGGCUGUUAAACGCGGACAAUAUAAA